UUCAAAAUAAACGUCUGUGAUGAAUUUGUAGAGAUUUUCGGUUCUCUCCAAUGUUAAUAACAUACAUUUAAGCUAUUUCAGACAAAAAUGAACGCGUUAGAUAAGCUUAGUGACAAGGAAUUCAUACCAUUUCUCCGUACACUUGGGGUGGAUACUCGAAACCAGUCAUUUGAAUGGAUGCUAAACAAUUCUGAAUUUGCUUCAGCUUUAGAAUGGAUGUACUACCAUUUAGACUAUAAUAACGUGUUAAGUGAAACAGAGAAACGAAGAUUCGAAGAAAUUCAAAAGCGGAAUCUACACCAAGAUAAUGUUCUUUCACAAAAUGAAGUUGAUGAAAGCAUCUCUUUGAUUCAAAGUCAGUAUCCUGGAAUAUGUCCAGGGGAUGUAGAUGCUUUAGCAGAGAUGAAGCAGGACAUAGAAAUGCAAAGGGAAAAAUUGAACUUACUGGCCAAACAUGAGAGAAUUGUCAAAGAUCUGAUAAAGCAAAAAGAAGGUAUAAAUGAACAGCUUAAUUUAGAAAUCACAAAGCUAAAUGCGGCACAGCAGCAAAUCUCUCAUGAAGAGAAGUCUCUAGCUCAAGAAUGCAUUAGGCUCGCUGAUGAAGUGGAAGAUAUGACCAGCGCAGUUAUUGAAGUGGUUGGCAACACAAUGGAUGUUUAUGGGAACUGUGGUGAAAAGGAUACAGCACCAAAUUUCUUUACUUUUGGUCCGUUCGAUCAAUACAAACAAUUGCAAGAGCUUUACCUAUCCCACUUUGAUUUGUAUGUCAGUAAGAAAUUCGAUCUUAAACAGAAUGAAAGCAAAAAUGAUGAUAAUGAAGUACUCAGUCAAGCUAAGAACAUGGAGAGGCGACUUUCGGAAGCUCUGUCUGAAUAUAUUGAUUCAAAAGCAGAACUAUGUGGUGAACAAGCAAAAUUGGAAUUAGUGGCAAACUACAACAACCCACAUUCAAGUCAACUCAGCAUGAACAUACUGGAAGCUCAAACAGCAGUCCAACUUCUAGAACAAGAAGAAGGUAUCAUAAAUCUCCAAAUAGAGAACGCUAUCAAAGAAUUUGUCGAAGACCGCACCCGUAUUGUUGAGGAAACUGCGCUGAACGCUGCGUUAGCUAUAAGAGAAGAAGUCAGCAACGAUCUCGCGUACUUGCUGGACACGACGCAGCACGCACUGGUCCUGGAUAAAGUACUGUACAGCGCCCUCCGACACGAAUUGCACAACAUCGAAGAGUUUCUGCUCUUCGCCGCUCAACUCAAGCAAUACGUGCUCGAUGAAAACGAUGCGGUCACCAGCAGGAUCUGUUCAAUGAACGAAAUAUGCAGAGAACAAGCCUCGUGCGAGCAGAAACUAGAACAUUCAGAUGUUUUAUUAACAUCACUAUGCACUGUACUGGGUAUCGAACCAACGACGAAUGUAAUGAUCCUUGUGAAAAGCUAUAACGAUCUUGAAAGGGACAUCAAGGAAGCUAAAGAAGGUAUCGAAGAUGGUUUCAGAGUGAGAGAAGAAAAAUUAAAAGAAAUUGAACAAUCAAUACGACCAUUAGUCGAUUACAUCUGGGACGGCUGCACCAAACAACCCAGCAGUACGGACAAAACCGUAGCUGCCCUCGCACACCAACUCGAACAGGAGAUGAGCAAGACCGACGCCAGGAUACUGGCUGCCAGUGCGAAGUUUAACUCGAUCAAGAACAGCGACAAUCAGCUACGGAAACUGUGGCAGUGGUUCCUGACCGAUCCGUCAAAACUAAUGUCCGUCAUUAAAGGCGUACAAAGCGGAAAGUACACAUGACUGAAUGACCACGUCUAAUAUUUGUAUCACAUACUA